CUAACAACUAGAUUCUAGAUCUAGAUCUAAUAUUUUACGAUAAUGAAAUGCCUAACAGUAAAGUGUAAUAAUGUUAAAAAUGUCUAGCCUUAGCUUUACCAUACGGUUUAGCCACUACGCCUACUUCUCUAGAAUAGAACUUGAUGUCUGAUGACGUCAAAUCAAGUGAAGGGAAUUCUUCGCAUUUUUGUGCGGCCAUUUUUAUUACUAACAAUAUUUGAGUACAAGGUGUCUUUAGACUGGGUGACUCACAAUGCAAAAUUACAGAGACCCUCCUCCUUAUCCAGGACACUCAAAGCAGGUUAACAUCAAUGAACCUGGAUUUCGACACAGCUUUUCUGGCAGUGAAACAAGUACAGAUGUGUCUUUAUCAUCUACAGAAAACUUAGCCUCAACACAACGCCAGGAACCUCAAGGAGAGGAAACACAAUCACCUUUCAGUUAUCCCCUAGAUGUUGGUAGUUCUGAUGGCAGCAGCUACAGUAUUUUAGAGCGUUUAGGAAUGCCCCCAAGAGUAUUGGAAACUGCUGGGAAUUUUCACACUUCCAAAAGUUUUGUUACCAACAGUAGUAGUUCUUCGGCAUCAUUUUGUUUUGAUAAGUCAAAGAACUGGCAACACAAUGAUUCUAACACUUCUUUAAAUAGUCUUUCAACAAACUCUGCCCCUCUGUAUUCUCAAGGGCAUUUAACUGUUCCAAAAUGGCAUCUUUCUCAAUCUCAUUACCAUGGUGAUUUAUGUGAGCAACACAAAAAUGUGAGUGAGCAGUUUGACCCUGUUUCCAGAAAUUCAGAACUAAAGACAGACUAUUCUUACUUGUCAUGGAUAAACAGAAAUGAAGCUGGAGCAGUUACGACUGUUUCCUCAUCAUCAAACAAUCAGUAUUUAUCACCACGUGUGCCUCCUGUAUCUACCUUCCACCACCCACAUCCUUAUGUUAACACACAUUGGACUAUUGGGAGUGGAGACUCCACUAGUAGUUCACAUUCCUCUAUUACUGCUUCAUCGCAAUCAUCUAGUACUUUCUUAUCUCACACCGUUAAAACAACAGAUAACCAACCUCUGUCAAACUUGGCUAAUCUUCCUCCUCCACCUGAAUACCCAGGGAGCUUGGCAUCUGCUGAUAUUCGGCCUUGUAGAUCCUAUGAGGCUAUGGAUAAAUUCUGUUUGCAAAAGUCUAUUCCAGAUCUUCGUUUAUGUUCUUCUAGUCCUGGAAUUUAUAUUAAAGAUACUCCACAAAAUGACAGCAGUUGUGAUGACAAAGACCAAACAAUAAUAGCUGCCAAGGCUAGUUGUCAAAUGAUUGAGAUGUUGACUGAGGAGAAUAAAAGACUUAGGGAAGAGCUUGCCAGCUGUGCUAUGAAAGUGGCCAGGCUACAUAAGUUGGAGAUGGAAAUAGAAAAAGUUCAUGAGUCUCAUCAAGCAUUGGUACACUCAGGAAAAAAGAGGGAAGUCCUCUGGAUGGCUAUGAAAAAGAAACUGGAGGAGAGAAUACAAGCCCUGGAGACAGGGGAUACAGCAUGUAGGUCUGUUCCAUGGAUAGAUGGUGAAAUAAGUAAUAAACUAGCAGAAAAAGAAGCAACGAUAACUAAACUCUUGGCACAAAAUCAAGAACUUUCAAUAAGCAGAGAUGAACUAGAAGGAGAAAAUAACAAACAUGCUUUAACAGCUACUGACUUGAGGGCCCAUGUGGACAUCUUUGAGAAUGCCCUUUUAAAUGUUCAAACCAGAGUUCUUACAUUAGAGGAGGAGAAACAUGGUUAUAUUGAGAAGCUAGAGCAGACACAAAGAGCUUUUUCUGCUCUUCAAGCCGUCACAGAAAAACAAGAGAAAAAAGAAAAAGAAAUGCGGGCCCUAUUAGAGAAAGAGCUGGAAAUGUACCGAGCACAAGAUAAGGCAGGUCCACUGAGACGUUCAGAAUCAGGAAAAGAUGAUAUCAAAGUUACAGGUACCUUGAGAAAAAUUUUGGAGGAAAAAGAUACCAAGAUUCUACAGCUGGAAACAGAUUUAGCCUCGAUGGAGCAAAAAUUACUGAAAGAAACGACUUUAAGACAGUUGAAUAUUGGAGAAAUAUCAUCAGGAUUAAAAGAUUUACGACUGACUCCAGUUGACAAAUGCUCUUCUGGUGUGGAAAAACUAAUAGAUGAAGCUAAGACAGAAAAAUUGAAACACAUGGAAGAGUUACACCAGUCACAAAGAAAUGUGGCUGAAUUGGAGGCCAGAGUCAAACAGCUAGAGAGUCAGCUGGUUGAAAAAGAUGCAAUUCUGAAAGUGUUUCAAAGGGCUCCAUUAGCCAUGGCUCGCAGCUCUAGUCUACAUGCUCUCUGCCACUCACCCCUCCAUUCUCCAAGACCUUCUCUACUUUCUUCUCAUGCCUGGGCUGGCAACAUAGAAUCAUCAAGCUAUCCAAACUAUGCUACCACUAGACAUAUAAAAACAGGCAGUGCUAAUUCUGUAGAAGCUGCCUUCAAGCUUUCUAUUGAAGAAGAGCUUCUGGCCAAGGUUCAGAGUUUGAAUACCGAGGUCAAAGGUGAAGAUGAAGUUAAGCUGUGGCAUGUUUAAUAAGACUAGACAAUUCUAAAGCUGCACAAUACAUUAGUCCAUUCAAUCUGCAACUACACAUCAGUCUGGUCAUUGAUGUUGUGAGCCCAGUCUAUGUUGAUCUGACUAAAACCACUGAGAGAGGCUUCCUGUCUACCUAUGCCUUGGAUUACCAUUGAGAGAGGCAUUAUGUCUACCCAUGCCUUGGGUUACCAUUGAGAGAGGCAUUAUGUCUACCUAUGCCUUGGAUUACCAUUGAGAGAGGCAUUAUGUCUACCCAUGCCUUGGGUUACCAUUGAGAGAGGCAUUAUGUCUACCCAUGUCUUGGGUUACCAUUGAGAGAGGCAUUAUGUCUACCCAUGUCUUGGGUUACCAUUGAGAGAGGCAUUAUGUCUACCCAUGUCUUGGGUUACCAUUGAGAGAGGCAUUAUGUCUACCCAUGUCUUGGGUUACCAUUGAGAGAGGCAUUAUGUCUACCCAUGCCUUGGAUUACCAUUGAGAGAGGCAUUAUGUCUACCCAUGUCUUGGGUUACCAUUGAGAGAGGCAUUAUGUCUACCCAUGUCUUGGGUUACCAUUGAGAGAGGCAUUAUGUCUACCCAUGUCUUGGGUUACCAUUGAGAGAGGCAUUAUGUCUACCCAUGCCUUGAAUUACGCUUGCCUUGACUUGCUGUGCUUGAUAUUUUUUUGUAAAUUUCACCAUUUUUAAAAUGAAUAAGUGCUUUCAAGAUUUUAUUUCAAAAUGUUGAUAAUAAAAAGAAACGCCAUUGUACACUCUGAAUUGUUCAUACUGCUAACCCUAGUAUUACUAGUGUUCUAAUGUCUAUCUAGUAUUAUUUAAUAAAAAUGUUUAUAAAGUGUGUUAGCAUGUUGAAAAGGUUGUUAACAUGUUGAAAAAAAAAAUACAUAUUGAAAAAAAUUAACAUGUCGAAAAGGUUGUUAACAUGUUUACUGAAAUUUCAUAUCAAGUCAGCGACUUGAGUUGGCCAACAUAACGCCAGACUACUAACAAUAUGUCCAUACUAUAAAAAAUAUCUAGCUGAAUGGUAAUUUUUUGUUAUUUUUCAUUUCUUAUUUAUUACAACUUUGUCAUUGAAGUAUAUCAGAUAAUGACUUGAGUAUGGAUAGAGUUAUUUUGUUAGCACAUAGUCAACCCUACCUGUUACUGGCAAAAAUAUAAGCGCCAGAAAGACAAAAUGUCUGUUAAAUGUUCUAAACAAUCCUCACAUAUUUUGUUUGUAAUAAACAAGUUAAUAAAG